UAUUAGUACUCGUCUGUUUCAACUCCCAGCCUGACAGAAUUUAUUUAUUUAUUUAUUUUUCUUUUUUUCUUUUUGUGUGUGUAACCACGCCUACACAGUGGCUGCCAAGGCUUACACAUGAGUUAAACCUUCUUUAGUUAGUAAUGAGGAAGACCUGGGCUCUAGCAGUGGACACCGGAAGGCAGCAGUGGGUGAAAACAAGCAAAAUAAAGAAAAGUUCGGCUGUGAGAAGGUGCUAGACAGCCAGCCAUAGUGACCAGGAGGCAGGAAGGAAGAUCACCACCACAGGGAAAAUGUCCCUCGUUGAGUCCAUCACACCAGAUCUGAGUGCCAGUGAGUGUCUGGCCUUGGGUUUGAAUCGGGACAACCUAAUGUGCUCCUCUUGUGACACCCUCAAGGAGUUCAAUCUGGAAGUGUUGGAGCCCAACUGCCGCCAUUGCUGUACUGUGGAUGAUGUUAAUGCCGUGCCAAGCAAGUACCCACGAGCACAGCUUGAAGUGUGUGGGUGACGACUGGGGGCCUUCCCGCAGGUUCAGGCAUUCGUCAAGAGUGACCGACCUGCGGCCUUCCCAAACCUCACCAUCAAGUAUGUGAGGGGUGCUGAUCCCGUCAUUAAGCUGAUGGACGAGGAUGGUGAUGUGAUGGAGACUCUCGCCAUUGACAAGUGGAACACCGACUCAGUGGAGGAGUUCCUCAACACCUACCUACUCCCUCCUUCUGACUCCUCAGACCGAAAGUUUAAUGAGGUGUAGGACUUUCCCUGAACACCUUUUUACAUUUCCAUACUGUAGCAGUUCAUAUGUCAGGUUAGGUCUUGAGUGGCUUUGGUCAGCUUCCCCACACAGUAUUUUGACUUCCAGUGUGAAUGUGUUUGUGUGUGUGUGAGAGAGAGAGAGAAGGGGGGUGAUUAGUAAAUUGACUGUUAAAUAUCCUUGAAACUGUUUUACCAUGAAUAUUGACUUUUUAGGGUCUAAGUAUUUGUUGUUUCAUAGCAAUUAACAGAUCUUUGUUUUAGAAAUUAGAAAGAUUGGCCUACUUAAUUGCCAAAGGUGCAAUCACAUUAGGAAGAGACAAAUUUAGGAUUGUAAGUUGAUGAUCACAGGGCUGUAAGGUGUGAUAAUGCAGCUUAGGAUAUGAAUGGUAAAUGUAUGGAAGAAUGACAAUUUUCACAUGUAAUUUAGUCUAAAAAAAGUUAAACUAAUUUGACUGAGGGUCUGUUUUGUGUGUGCAUGUGUGAUGAAGGGCCACAUGUUUCUGUACUUGUUUCCUUGGGGUUGGAGAGGAGAGAGGAGAGUGGCAGGAUCACUUUGGCUUGAGGCAGAGGACUUAUGAAGCUUUUAGCCUUAAACCUCAUUCUGGUGGGCUGUAGUGGAACAUUUCUCAGUCCUCCCUCAAGCUAGUGUGAUCCCUGCCAUAUCUCCUCCCUUCCUCUCAUUUCCCUGUGCACUAUGAGAAAUAUAUUAAUAUCUUUUA